AUGGCCGAUCCGGAGCGUGAUUACGGCAUUGCAUACAAUCAUCAAGGCAACAUUGACGUCAUCCGAUCGCCGUUCUUUGACGUUGGAUUCGGCUUCGACCACACCGUUGAGGAUUACUUGAAUCAGAUUCUUCCCCACCUUGUGGACAUCCUCGACGAGCACCUUCCGGCGGACGAGUGGAUCAUCAACAGCCGAACACCUUCUUCUCCAAAUCUGACUUCCUCCCCGGCGGCUAGCCCCCUCGACAUUACUUGUCUAAUAGUGGCAUUUGUUGUUUUCCGCACCUGGGACUCUUCCCGAGUCCGUGACUCCUUGGCUCCAUGCGUGAGGCUUGGUUCCCGUAAUUGUUGUUUCAGUUCCUGUGUUUGGAUUGAUUUCCGAAUGGAUUGGGAAGAUAUAUAUGCUUAUAAUGCUUCGGUUCUAAUGGAAAUUAAAGUCAUGUGGAUCUUGGCUUUCCCCUUCUUUGCCUAUAAAAAUGAGAUGAAGAUGAGAAGGAAGUUAGUUGAUAUUUUUAAAGCUACUUAUUAUUUGUUCUCAAUUGAUUUAUCUCCAGGAGUGCUUGUUUCUGCAUUGAGAGUCAUAUGCAAAUCCAUCUUUCCACAAGACGCUACUGGAUUGAGAAACAGUGCUAACCUAUACUUCGCAGUUGCAAUAGUAGUAAUGAUCAUCUGCAUCAUAUGCUACAAUAUGGCUGAAAAGCUUCCUGUUGUCCAAUACUACAAAAACAUCAAAUUGCAGGCAAUAAAAGAAGAGAGAGAUUUCAAAAUGCUAACUUUAACUGGUUCUGCCUGGAGAUCAACUUUGUAUAAUAUUUUUGGAAGGAUCAAAUGGUAUGGCUUUGGACUCUUCCUCAUGUACGUUGUAACCCUCUCAAUAUUCCCAGGAUUCAUUACUGAAGACGUGCACUCCGAAGUCCUCAAGGAUUGGUACCCCAUAAUCCUAAUUGCUGGAUACAAUAUUUUUGAUCUGGUGGGGAAGGCUCUGAGCGGAGCUUAUCUCUUACGGAAUGCCAGUGUUGCUGUAGGCGCCUGUGCUGCAAGGCUGCUCUUCUAUCCUCUAUUCUUUGGCUGCUUGCACGGCCCCCAGUUCUUCAGGAAAGAGGUACCUGUGACAAUUUUGACGUGCCUUUUAGGCCUAACAAAUGGGUAUUUUACUGCUGUUGUUUUGAUUCUUGCUCCUAAGGCUGUGCCAAUACAACUUGCUGAGACUGCAGGAAUUGUUAUGGUUCUGUUCCUUAUUGUUGGUUUAACUGUAGGGUCAGUAGUGUCUUGGUUCUGGAUUGUUUGAUUGCUUUGAAGGUGAAGCUGAAUUUGCUUAAUCUGUUUUAUAAAUUUGUGUGCAAAUGUAUAAUAUUGUCAGAUUAAGACCAUGACAAAUUAAUAAUGAUCUGUUGAUCUGGUUCAGAUUUGAUGCAAUCAUAAUUUCUGUAUUUUUAUUUUUUGAAUAUUGAACAAUA